CAAAACACAAUGGCGGCGCCCACCAGAGUGAGAUGCUGCUUGUCGAGUUGAAAACAUAAGCGACGAUAUUCUUGACUUUUUUAAAUUUUUUUUUGAAGGAAUGGACACCGUAGGAGAGGACGAACCGGACCCUAUAAAGCUGAAGUCCGUCAAGAACAAUAAAACAUUCACAGUGCCUCAAAAUGACAGGUUUGGGAGCUGCAGAAGUGUCAGAGAGUUUGAGAAACUCAACCGAAUUGGAGAAGGAACUUACGGCAUUGUGUACCGAGCCCGUGACACCAAGUCAGAUGAGAUUGUAGCGUUGAAGAAGGUCCGGAUGGACAAAGAGAAAGAUGGAAUCCCCAUCAGUAGCCUCAGAGAGAUUACCCUGCUGUUGAGGCUGAGGCAUCCCAACAUAGUGGAGCUGAAGGAGGUGGUUGUAGGCAGCCAACUGGAGAGUCUGUUUCUGGUGAUGAGUUACUGUGAGCAGGACCUGGCCAGUCUGCUGGAAAACAUGCAGACGCCGUUCUCUGAGGCUCAGGUGAAGUGUAUCGUCCUUCAGUUGCUCAGAGGUUUGGAGUAUCUCCACCACAAUUUCAUGAUACACAGGGACCUGAAGGUGUCUAAUCUGCUGAUGACAGACAAAGGCUGCGUUAAGAUUGCUGAUUUUGGGUUGGCCAGGAUGUACGGGAUCCCCCAGCAGCCCAUGACCCCCAGAGUGGUUACACUGUGGUACAGAAGUCCAGAGCUCCUCCUAGGGACCAAGACCCAAACUACAGCUCUGGACAUGUGGGCGGUCGGCUGUAUCCUGGCGGAGCUGCUCGCUCACAAACCUCUGCUGCCUGGAACCUCUGAGAUCCAGCAGGUCGACCUGAUUGUUCAGCUGCUGGGAACACCCAACGAAAACAUCUGGCCUGGUUUCUCUCAGCUGCCCCUGAUCGGUCAGUACAGCCUGAGGAAGCAGCCGUACAACAACCUGAAGAAUAAAUUCACCUGGCUGUCUGACGCUGGUCACAGACUGCUCAACCUGCUCUUCAUGUACAACCCACAGCGCAGAGCUACUGCCAAAGAUUGUUUGGACAGUUCCUACUUCAAAGAGAAACCUCUACCCUGUGAACCGGAGCUCAUGCCGACCUUCCCCCACCAUCGCAACAAACGAGCUGCUCCUCCGGCAGAGAGCCACGCGAAGCGGAGCAAAGUGUGAUCAGGACGGUGGUGAGGAUGAGGAUGAGGAUGAGGAUGAGGAUGAGAUUCUCACUCAAAGGAUGGGCACUGGUUUUUGUUUCCAUGACAUGCACUGGAAACAUAGAUUUGCUCUUAAGGAUGUUAAUGGAUUUUCCUGUGGAACUUUGAGCAAAUGAAAAUGAAUUCCAAUCAUGUUCAGAUUCAGAUUAGAUAGACAUCAGAGCAGGUCUGGUUACACGGGACCCUUAAGCGUAAAGUAUGAUGCAGUAAUUAAACUAUCUAACAAAGCUGUAACCGCACAUUCUGCGGUGUAGAUACAGUUGCCUGCAGCACUGUGAACUGCUUAUAGGCCCAGUAUUAAUGUCUUCUGUUAGCUUCCAGAUUAUCUCUUAUAAUUCAUUUUGCUGCCAAUGUCUGUACACAAUAGUUCAAGGUAAUGAGGUUGCCUUGACAACUACACUGAGGCAUUGAGUACUUGUACUGGUGUGGCGAACAUCACCGUCUUUUCAGCUGUCCUGUGAUCAGUUUCGAUCCUCAUAUCAAAACAAUAAAACUGAAAACGCAUGACAAGUAGGAACUGAACCAACUUGCUUGAGCUCUGCCCACAGUUACACUGCAUCUGCAUGGCGGGAGAUGUAGAACCAUCACUGUGUGUCAAGGAGCAGCCCUGUGUCAAAGUGUCCUUGAGGGAAAGUACUGAAGCCCUGAAUCUGCUCUUAGUGUUAGUUCAACAUUUUGGGGAAUAUGCAUAUUCACUUAUCCCCACAUGUAUUCUCAUUGGAUCAAAGAGGUUAUUCGAUAUCUCGGGCCAGAGAAGAUAAGAUACUCUCCAAGGAUCUGCUCCGAGAUUCUGUUCAGUUCUUCAGCCGUUCUUCACCGUAACCAUAAUCUUCAUGUUUUUUCCUCUUUGGCAAAUAUUCAGUAGUGCAGGUCUG